AUGGCAAUGAACAGGCCGAACGCACUGGAAUUUGGUUCCACCUACCAGCAAACAUGCCAGCACAAACCUCAAGACGGAGCUUGCAUUGACACGCUAUCGAUGCAGGUGAGAUUAUGCGACUUUUGGCCAGCGUAUCCUAGAUUGUGGUUCAAGCACUUUAAAGCGGUAAUGGCACCACAAAAGCAGGGUGAUGACGCACGUUAUCAAGCCGCGAUCGCUCGACUAGGCCUAGACGCGCUACAGCAAGUCAGCGACAUUAUCGUCGACCCGCCUGCUGAAGACAAGUAUGGAACGCUGAAAGCUCAAUUGAUUGGCAUCUACGAGGAAUCCGACACCCGUAAGCUUCAAAAGCUUAUGGAAGAAAUGGAACUCGGUGACCAAAAGCCAUCUCAGGUAUCGAGAAAAAUGCGAGAAUUGGCCGGGAACAAAAUGCCUGAUACCACAUUGCGCAUAAUGUGGGUCAAACUUCUGCCGCCAUCAGUACGUGCAGUUCUGAGUGUCAGUGACGCAACUGACCUCGAUAAAUUAGCCCAACUCGCAGAUAAUGUAAGAUGA